AUUGGUCACAAUGUGGUCAUCGGUCGCUGCUGCAUCAUCUGCGGGCAAACCGGCAUUGGCGGCUCGUCCACUCUGGGCGACUAUGUGGUGCUGGCAGGGCAAGUGGGCGUGGCAGAUCAUGUCACCAUAGCAGAUAAGGUGCGCGUGGCAGCCAAGUCAGGAGUGGCAUCAGACAUCAAGGAGCCAGGGGACUAUGCCGGCUUCCCCACGGUGAAAGCGAGCGAGUGGCGGCGACUGGUGGUGAUGGAAAGAAGAAUGAUGAAGGGAACGGAUAGAUCUGCCCCAUCUGCUAAUCCAACGGUGAAGAAGGCUUGA